ACGCUAGUAUAACAGAAGGCGUUCACGAUGCUGCAAGUGUCAAACCACGCCACAGAAUUCUUCCGGAUCGAACCAGAAGGAGUAGUUCCAGGACUUCCACCCGCGUCGCCUGCAGGCGCAUGAGCAAAAGCGACACGCCACACCAUUUGAUCGAACUGAAGUAUGGUACAGUGCAAGAUCAAUCAGGCCGACCGUUGAGAAGAGGAGUCCAGAUCAGACCUCCGUUGGGUUGAACAAUGUCUCCUGGAAUUCAUCUCUGACAUAAAGCAGAGCUGUUCGCAUCUACUGUGGUGUGCCACGUCAGCUUUCAACUCGCAAUCAUGUACGCCAUUACUGAGGCCAGCACGCUCAUUCUUACCUUGGUCUUGACCGUCUUGGCCACCCUUGCCCUAGGCCUUCGCUUGUCUCAAGGGAACACCGGAGAUACCUUCAAGUACCGAUGGCAUAUCGAUGACUACCUAUGUGUUGCAGCCAUGAUUCUGCUCUACGGUAGCUCUGCCAUAAUCUGUUGGGGAGCAUCUGAGGGCGCCGUUGGUUCCCACUCAAGCCCGGAGGACGUCGAGAACUGGUACACGACGGCCGGACCUGCUUGGAUCGUGCUGGCCAAGACAUUCUGGGUCGUGUUCUUCCUGCAACCAUUGCAGCUUGGGCUGAUCCGACUUGCAAUCUUGUUCCUCUAUCGUCGCUUCUUCGGAUCGUACAAGGCCUUCAAUGUGGCUAACUGGACCUUGAUUGCCAUCGUCGCUGGCUGGACAGUAGCAUUCUUCUUUGGCCUGCUGUUCGAUUGCGGAACAAGUUUCAGUUCCAACUGGGGAUCACUGGGCGAGAUCGCUGAGAAGUGUCCCUUUGGUUUCCUGCCCACGGUCAUAUACACCAUCCUCGAUGCCUGCCUGGAUCUGUUUGUCCUUUUACUGCCCAUUCCAUGGAUCUUCCAGCUCAACCUGUCCUUUUCUAACAAGAUAUCAAUCACAUGCUGCUUCAUGCUGGGAUCUAUCGCAACAGCGGCUGCAUUCGUGCGAAUGGCAGUCUUCAUUCAGACUGGUAUUCCCUCAGAAGCCAUGAAUCGUACAACGGUGAUGGGCCUUCCGACCUACGAUGUCUUGGGAAUCGUAUCCGCUGAGGUCUUUUGGACCAUGAUUGAAUGUACAGUGGCUCUAAUUGCUGUUUGCCUACCGGCGAUUCGAAAGGCGGUCGCGGGGAGCACGUUCGGAAGGGCGUUGGGUCUGGCGACUCUGUCGAGAGUACUCCGAAGCAUGGGCUCGUCGAAGGGUACGAGGAAGAAUGACUCUGAAGUAUCUAACGGCAACUACAGACCUUCGUCAGAGUGCGGAAAGAUCGAUUUUGUCCACGUGGUCGAGACUGAGAAGAGUGUCGUAUGAUGAGCUGGCAAAUCAUAGUGUCAGUCUAUGAGAGAGAGGGACUGGCUGCUUACGGUCUUUGGGCCGCAUGGCUUGAGCAAUUUCAUUUCCCAACUCGGUUGGAAUAGAGUUACAGUUGCCAUAUUAUUCUGUUUGCGGUCCAAGUCGGCGACGGCAACGCUCGUAUACAUGUAUCAUUGACGAUGCCCCAUCGCACUUCAUCGCGGUCUCAUAUCUGUGCUCGCUGGAAUUUCUUAUUCCUCGUUCGCUCUCCAGGUGCUCAUCUACCCUGUGCGCGCUGCUCCACAGAGGACAUGCAUCGUCAUUCGGAUCUCUUGCUCACAUCUUGAAGCCGACGCAUAUCGACUCUCGUUGCCGAUGAAACAUUUCGUGCUCUUUCCUCUGCCAUUCUCCGAAGCUCUUUCUUUCCUUUGCUGACAUACGGGUUACAGUAUUUCUUCGAUCAAUGAUGGGGCCAACGCCGAUGGAGGGCUAACCAUUCAGAAAGCAUCUGCGGAGUAGAUCGGACAGUUGUAGUGAGGAUAUUCCAUGACCAGGGAAUGGAAGAUAUGAGAGGAGAUAUCCGCCAGAUAGGGAGUAG